GCUGCUUCUAUACAGGCUGUGGACAUGACUGAAGACUACCUGCUGCUCUUCUGCAGAUUCCCAUACAAGAGGGGCAGUGAAAUCAUCCAGAUCAAACUCUUCAGCACUGUGUCCUUCCUCUACCUGCGCUCUAUACUGGGCUGCAGCCAGGACUGCAUUUCCCAGGUCACUGUCAACCGGGCGGGGACUCACGUUGUGGCCUUUUGCCCCUUCCCCCGUACUGGCAUCACGGAGCUGGUCACCUGGAACCUGGAGACAGAGGACCACAAACACAUCACUCGCUGCCCCACAGUAUUGACCAAAGGCCUGUGUUUUGAUCUGCACUUCUGCCUGGGGGUCUGCAGUGGAGAGAAGUACCUUCGCCUGUGGGAUCUGACCUCCAGGAUCAGUGACCGGGCUCUUAGCUAUAACAUCUAUAAGCUCAGGAGCGAAGGCACAGAGGAGGUCAUCCCUAUGGGGAAAACCCAGAGGUAUGCUGUGUGCCGCUCCAUCAGAGCUGGGACAGUAUAUGUGUGGAACUUGACCAGACGGCGUUUUGCCUGCCGACCUGUCAGAGUGGAGCACGGCCUCUACAGCAGCACUGAUGUGGUGCUCGCCCAUGACUUCAAACUUUACAUCUUUACAGACAGAAGCAGAAACAGCAGCAUAGACGCUGCUUCAUGUCCAUUCCAGACUCUUCUGGUGUAUGAUUUGAUAAAGCGGAGCUAUGUGAGGAGACAGACUGGGAUCACAGUUAAUUCCUGUCCUCAGCACAAGUACUGUGUUCUGGGGAAUGGACGGACUCUUCUUGGCCUAUCAGAGACCAGAGACCAUCUGAUCCUUUGGGAUCUAGACUCUGGCACUAUCAAACAUGAGAUCAAACCCUCCCACAGAGAGUCGCUCCUGUGCAGCUGCCCAGUCCAAGACCUGCAGCCCAAUGUGACCCCACGCAGAGAGAAAACAUUGAUGCCAUGGGACAUCCGAACAGAGAGCCAGUCUGCAAAGAAAAGGAGGCUGGAGAGAGAGGCACAGAGGGAGAGAGAGGCGAAAAGGAGGCUGGAGAGAGAGAAAUACAACUUGAUAGACCAGUACCUCCUCAGUGGCGAUGAACAGGUGGUGGUGUGCUCUUAUUUUGCUCACCACCUCAAUGUCUUCAGCGUGGUUUCGCAGGAACACCUGCACAGCCUGGGGGAGAAAACAUCACUGCUGAGCCUCCACACUGCAGCUAUUACCUACACUGGCAGUCACCUGGUGCUGACCAGUUACAACCAUGAGCACAGGACGCCCCACAUCACCCUGUGGGACCUGCACACAGGAGCGGUGAGGAAAAGACUGGGGAAUGAAGCUGGAGUUUGCUGCGUAGCUAUCACAGACAACGCAGAGAGAGUUGUCUUUGGGGUCAGAGGAAGCAACAAACUGAAGGUGUGGCACCCCUUCAAGAGAAAUUAUAGGAGCAUCUGUGGCUAUGGGAACCUCAUGAUAGAAUACUCCAGUAAGCUUCAUUUGACAGAGGGAGGAACCAGAGCCAUCCUGCUGUCAGGACAGCUGAGCUUGUGGGACCUGGAGGCGGGCAGCGUCCUGUCUGUGCUCUCCUUGGAUGCACAUGUCCGCUGUAUGAAGCUGCUUCUUGGGUGCCAGACUUCUGUCCUGCUCGGCCUCAGCCACAGCCCUGCCCUCAUCAGCGUCAGGUUAACAUCCAGUACUGUCAGCUCAGAAACUCAAGUCUCCCAACACGGAGACCUCUUUGGAGAGUCCAGCAGCAGUGAGGAAGAGGAGGUGAACUUGUGAAAAUUCAGGGUUGUACAGUUGUACAGCUCUUUCUUCGUAAUGAUAGUGUAUAGGAAAAGGUCUUUUUGCGCCAGUGGAUGUCACAUGACUUGCAGCCAUGCCCUUGCCAACUUUCUAUCUCAUCUAGAACACUGCUAUUCAGACACCAUAAAUACAUUAGCGGGACUUGACUGUUGGUGAGGUAAGAUGGGGAGAGCGGGUAUGGUUGUUAACAAAGGGAUGGUGGGAAAUGUUAUCAUGUCAGUUCCUUCCAUUUGUGCAUUAAACAGUGUAAAAAGAAUAUGUAUGAUGAGGGGGGAGGCAGUCUAAGGCAGUGUCCACAUUUAGGAUCCACAUUUAGGAGCCUUAGGGUAGAAGCUCCUUUCUGAGUCUCUCAGUGCUGGCCUGGUGUAACCGGUACCUUUUUCCUAACCUCAACAGAUAGAAAAGACUGUUACCCAGGUCAUUUAGACAUGUAAUAAUUGUCUUAGCGUUAUUUUUGCAGCGCCUGGUGUAAGUAUCCAUUAGGCAGGGUAGGGCACUGCCUAUUGCAUGUUCAGCCGAACAUUUGCAGGGUUUCAGUACCAGGAGUAGAAAUUCCUCAGAAUUUGAGGGGAUACCUGGAAUUUCCUCAGACGUUUAAGGUGAAGCUGUCUCAAUGUGAAAAGGCUGCCUUUCUCCCUUUUCACUAGGCCCUGUUCCCAACUUUAACUGUCUUUUGUGUCUGCUUGAUUCUUCAUUACAAUGUUUCAGUAUAUUCUAUAAAUUAUCAUUUGAUGUGUGUAAAUUACACAGGUCCGUUUAGUUGGUUUACGAGUUCAUAGUAUUUUUGUUCUGGUUCUGCGUGUGAUGUGGGGGGGUGAUCAGCUGCUCCCCAGCUCAAUCAAGGAGAGUGCAUGCAUGUUUGCCUGAUUAGAUCAGGCUCGUUGGAGAUGAGCUGCGCCUCGCCUGUAGAGUGGAU